AUGAAGAUCAAAGGCCGUACUUUCAUUGUCACGGGGGGGGCCUCCGGCCUUGGUCGCGGUUGCGUGGAUAUGAUCAUCCUUCAAGGGGGCAACGCUGCGGUCAUCGACAUCAACAGCAAUCUCGGCACGCAGCGACUACGGAACUUGGACCUUCGAUAA